AGUGCUCAGCCCAAAUACUGGGCGCACAUGGCCGUGUGUGAGGGCGAGCGGCGAGAGUUAUGUCGGGAUUUGGACGGCGACUGCAUCGGUGGAUCUCUUCACGAUCCAUGCGAGUGUGCUGAUGGAUACUUUCCUUGGCAAGUGGGUGCCCACAACACGAGCGGGCUUUUUUACCCACACAUCGUGCACUUCACGUGCUGCCCGGGCCCAUCACAGAACGAGUGUGGGGACUCCUUGACGCACACUUCGGCAUUUCCGGUUUUUGCGAUCGCCCUGCUGGGCAUUUUGCUCAGUACCUUCCUGAUGCGUUUCCGGAUCCCUCCUCUGUGGCAGCUGCUUUCAAGGCGGCGGCGCUUGCUUUGGGCGCAGGUGGAUGGCACAAGUCUUCACCGCGAAGUGCCCAUGGGGCGCUGGUGCGUGACCAAGAGGGAUUUGCAGGACUUUCGUGUCUUGGUGCAGCAGGCGGUGGCGAAGGGUGACAUUCAGCCGACGGCGCUCGACCCCUUCGACCCCACUGACUUUACCAUUGGACCGAACAUGCAUACGGUCACGGAGCAGUACAUUAAGCCUGUGACUGAUGCCUGCGGCAAAGCCAGCUGGGCGCUAAUGCAGCAUCCGCAUGGCCUGCAAUGUGACCUCUUUAUCACACACUGCUGGGUGGAAGGCGUCUACGAGUUUUUGGACAAGGUGCUGGCGUCAUGGCCUUUGAUGGCCAAGGCCGCCUACAUUUGCUUCUUGUCCAACCCGCAGAAUCUGGACAUCGGAGAGCUAAUCGCCAGCCCUGAGGAGUCGCCGUUCGCCAAGGCGCUGCAUGUGGCGCACCAUAUCCUGGUGGUGCCCAAUCGAUCUGCCAGCAUCUAUUCACGGAUUUGGUGCGUCUAUGAGGCCUUUCUGGCCUAUGCCUGGGGCAAGCAGAUCUAUACGGCCUGGUCCUUCCCCCAAAACCUGUGGCUCCGGGUGCUGCGGGUGGGCGCUGUCUAUGUGGCCAGUGCCAGUUUGACGGUUUUGGCGAUGCCUUGGGUUGAGCACGAGCUCUACUCCUAUGCUUCACUCUUGCUGACCCUGAUCUCCAUGAACCUCUGGAACUGUUUCUACAGUCGCCCCAACUCCCUGGUGCUGCGAGUGGCCAUCGUCUUCGCAGCCAUCAGCUGCCCGGGGCACCUGGCAGUCACCUUCUUCGGAGAACGCGGGGACAAGGAGCAGCAUAACGGCAUCGGGCUCAUCGUCUGCUGGUUCGCGAUUUGCGCCAUGGAGUUCGAUCGGCUCAUGCUCGCGGACGCCCACCAGCAGUCCAAGCAGCUGCAAAAGGGCUUCAAGGGCCUGUCCGGCGCCAGGAGCUCUCGGGAAGAAGACAAGGACCGCAUUCUGGCAGCCUUGUCAGAGAGCGGCCAUGAGAAGGAUGUGGAGGAAGUGGUGGAGGUGCUGAUGCGAAUGAAUGUCACCACGCCCGAGUUACGUGAAGCUGCGGCGCGCAGUGGGCCAUUGGGCGACGCCUCGAAGUUCAGCUGCUCUUUGGUGCUCGGGAGCUGCAUCUUUUGGCUGGGAAGCCCUGUCCUGUUGCUGAUGUACGACGUGGAGCACGCAGAAGGAUUGAGGUCCCCGCUCUUUUGGAUCGUGGCCGUGGAGUGCGUGGCCGCCUUCUUGGGUUUUCUGCUGCUGCCCAACGAGCGGAAGCCCUUCGCGGCCCGGUGCCAGCAACUCUGGGCGCCCAUGCUGGUGGUCCACCUCUUGGACAGGUUUUGGACUUGGCACUACUACGCGGUCUCUGCGGUGGUGGGCUUCCUGGUCCUCAGCAUGGGCUUCGUGGGCCCGGGGCGUGUGGCGCAGAUUCCCUGCCUCGGCCCAGCGGUGGUGCGAGUCUUGUUCGGGCGCCCGCCCUGGCGACGGUCACUGCAGAUCGCGCGCUCUGGAUCCUUGGGUUCAACCCGGACAUCGCCAGAGACGGACGCCUUGCACGAGACGCCUGUGCAAAGUAUCCGCCCAAGCGCUUGAAAUUCGAAGGUCGAACUUCGGUGGUUUCUCCCUCCACCUGGAUUUUAUGCGAGGUAACUUUGAGUUGGUGGUUCGGAUUGGUGGCUUGCAUUUGGUUCUUGUGUGAUACGACAAUUGGAGUGGCUAAGAAGUUAGGACUUUCUUUGGCCGAUCCACUAAGCUCAAAGGCCCUUUGGGUUACGCACCGGCCACCCCUUUGGUUCCCAAAAUUAGUUGCGUAUGCAUCAGGAUUGGGUAACCCUCCAUUCUGAACAGCCUUGCUGUUCCAAGCGGUGCAGGUCUGUGAUGACAGACAUGCAGCAUGCCACCACACACGUUUACCAUGAGGGGCGAGCGAGGCUCCAGAGUUGCCGUAGACAGAGGGGGUGCUCUUCAUAGCGGGCCAGCGCUUCCAAAAGGAAUGCAGCAGGUCCCGUCAGUUUAGCAUGCGCUCGCUUUGGCACAAAGACUCGCACCUCAAAGAGGUACAAAAAGGAUCCGGCCGACAGUGUUGUCAAUCCGAAUGCUACACUUGAAACUGCAGAAGGUUGGGCCCCAAGGCCCUCAAGCCCAAUGUUUGCAGCGAGCUUGCGGAAGAUUCAUGCCUUCUUUCGCGGCAUCGGCAGCCCAAGUACCGUUUGCAAGUCUGCGAAGUUUGUUUCCGUUCGGGCAAUGGCAUCAGUGUGGCGUAGCCUGUGCAUCACGUGCGUUGUGGUGUGCACAGCUGUGCGGACUGAUCGCCGAGCCACUUUAGCUGCUGAGGAUACCUCUAAACACGCUGAGGCUGUGACAUUGGCCACCGAGGUUACCUUUGCUGAGGCUGUCGAGGGCAACAGCUGCUGGUACAAGUCAGAAGGUGCCAAAUGCCAGGCCAAAGAAACAGACUCGGAAGGGUAUUUUGUCUACUACUGGGGCAAGUGCCGAUGCCAGGGAGAGCGCUAUGGCUUGGCCGAGGUGGGCAUGUCACAUUUUUCGCUGUGGCGGCAUUGCAAAAACAGCAACUACGUUUGCAAAUGACCCCAGGCCCGAAGGCUGCAAAAAGAAAUCCGCGUGCGGCUUGCCUGCCAGCUUCCCGACGCGCAUCGGCACAUUGACAUGUCUUCAGUUGUGGCGAGCCGGCUUACAUUGCUCGGUAGAAAGUUUGCUUG